CUUUUAUCCGCAUACCUUCUCUGGUUUUUUAUUUCUUUAGGUCUUUAUUUCACUUCCAGGGCCGAGGUGAUCAAGAAAUUCUUCUUCGAGAUUGUAAAACGGCUGGAAGGAGAAAGAAAUGAGUGAAUAUAAGAGCGAGUGAGAUAGAUGAAGAGUUGUAGAGGCGGGUUUUGUGAUUGGGUUGUUUGAGUUGAUAAUUCCAUCUGGGUCUCCCCUCUUCGGGCCUAAGCCAGUCGUCUAGUCCUCUUGGGUGGCCAGUACCCUACCGACUUUCGAUCGGAUUUCUCGACUCCAGUGUACAGUGUUUUUGUUCUUUGAGUGCAGAAUUAGUGCAUUAAUAACCAAGAAAAAGUGAUGGUUGAUCAGUGCUUUGUCACGGGUUCCUGGCGGGGUGAGCGUUCAGCCUUUUGGCCCACGUCGCACCAUCCGACCUCUUGAGGAUGACACUCGGCCUAGUUACUAAACUACGAAUACUUUAAAAAAAUUAAAACUAAAUUGGCAGGUAGCGAUUUGAAUGUGCUAUUAUCAAGAGGAAGGUUGGCUCCCCCACCUCCACCUGAGUAUAGCACUUCUCCGUAUAGACUCAACCCCUACAUGGAACUGUAUUCUUCUCUGCAACAUACCAACCCUGCUGCCUCUCUUCAUGGGUUAGGCUUACCGUCUGAUUACUUAGCCUCAAGAGGGUGUUCUUUAGCUGACCUCCAACAGCCACCUUCAACUUUAACAAGUGCUGAGUUGUCAUUUUCUUUAGAUGGAUCAAGGAUUACUAGCCCAAGACCAGCGAGACAGUCAAGGAAGAGAGCUCAUUCAGCUUCUCCCUAUUCGGACAUCGAUCUCAACUCAAUGAUUAGGUUUUCUCCAAAUUCACUUGUCUCAAUAGUCAAUGCUUCAAGGAGUUCUAGCGCAAGUGGAUCCUAUGGCCACUUAUCUGCUGGUACUCUCAGUCCAGCACUGAGCAUGCAUCCAGGGAUGGGACCGCAUCUUCAACAGAUUCAGGCUCAUUUGCUCAGAUCAGGAGGUCUGCUACCCCCAUUGACCCCUCAUCCACCAGGUUCCUAUCAAAUUCCCCAUCAAGACAAGAUAGAGGAAAAGGCUGAACAGAAAGUAAUAACUGUAGAUACGGAAACGCCAAACAAGAAAGUAAUUAAAUCUGAAAAGACGAUGACUGAUGAUGAAAGCCGUUUGAUGAAAUCUGAACCUGGUGAUUUUGUGGCCACCGAUUGCCAUUGGAAGCAUUGCGGUUUGCAAUUUCCAACUCAAAGGAAUCUUGUCAAUCAUAUUAACAACGACCAUAUCAAUGCAAAUAAGAAAUCAUUUAUUUGCCAAUGGGAAGAUUGUUCAAGGGAUGAAAAACCUUUUAAAGCUCAAUACAUGCUUGUCGUACAUAUGAGAAGGCAUACCGGAGAAAAGCCUCAUAAAUGCACGUUUGAGGGCUGCAGAAAGGCUUAUUCGCGGCUUGAAAAUCUCAAAACGCAUUUAAGGUCUCAUACCGGGGAGAAGCCGUACACUUGUGAAUACCCAGGGUGCAGCAAGGCUUUUAGCAAUGCCUCGGAUAGAGCAAAGCAUCAAAACAGAACGCAUUCUAAUGAGAAACCAUAUGUUUGCAAAGCACCUGGCUGUACCAAACGGUACACAGACCCAAGUUCGCUUAGGAAGCAUGUCAAAACGGUUCAUGGUGCUGACUUUUACGCCAAUAAAAAACACAAAGGGAAUGGCAGUGGUGACGGGGGCUCUGAAGAUGGUAAUGGUGGAGCUUCACCAUCAAGGAGUGAUGAGCCACUCAGCACAAAAUCCGCAAGUGUAUCAAGUCCUAGUAUUAAAUCUGAGGAGACCAACUCGCCAGCUCAUCAAGGCAGCCCGAUGUCAGCUGUCCCAAAUACUUAUACAUUCUGUGAUGAUCCUAUCAGUGACAGCAACAUAAGCAAUAUGACAAACCAUGGUCUUGAUGAUAACUGGGCAGAUGAUGCUCAAGACAUGGAUCUUUACGACUUGCCAAUUGCUCUUCAAGCAGUUGUUGGCCUAGCACCUCCACCACCUAUUAACAGGAAUCACAGUAGGCUUCAGCUUCAUAAUAAACCUUCUGUUACAUUACCUCCGUUACCAGCCAUCCAAAAUAAUGUAAACAGAAGAAAUACUCAGACUGGUUUGACUGAUCUGAACAAGAGAAUCACAGACCUAAAAGUCGGUAACAAAACCAUAAAUGUAGAAGUGAGACGUGACUCCAAUUCAACAGUUUCAACAUACUAUGGAAGCAUGAAAAGUGAUGGUGAAUCAAGGCGAAGCAGCCAGAUGUCACACCAUAGACCAAGUAAUAGUUCUUUGUAUGAUCCAAUAUCUAUCGGUUCUUCAAGGCGAUCCAGCCAACUUAGUUCUAACCUUGCUGUACAGCCUCAAAAUUGUGGUUGGGAAGAUAAUGGUGAGGGCAGGAGGAUGUCAGAACCGAUUCAAAGUACCACAGUUACAUCUCCACCACCAAGGCCCAAGUCAACUCUGCCCUCUAUGCAACCUCUGAACCCCUCAGAGCUGUCACACCACCCAAACCAAGAAGUUGUACUGGACGAAGUUGGUGAAGGUGAGAUGCUAGAGAGCAAACUCGUUCUACCCGACGACAUGGUCAUGUAUCUAAAUCAAGUGGCUGAAACGAGCAAUCACUCAAGCGGAGGCAUGUUCGAUAUGCCAAACUCGCCUCAGCAAAGGCUGACACCUGUGCCCGGAGUGGGAAGUGGUCGGUUGACUCCGAGGGGAAUGGUCUGUGGCAGGAACACACCCAUUAAGAACUGUCCACCAACCAGUCCUGCAAGAAAUGCCCACCCACAGUCUUACAAUACUGGUACUGUUCCAACACCAUUUUCGACCAUGCAUCCUCAACACAGAGUUACUCAGAUGCCUCCACAGUCAAUGAAUGAGCCAACGUUUGUGAAUAUGCAGCCAAUGAGUCCAAGUAUUGGCAUGCAAAUAAACAACGCAAUAAGUCCAAACUGUUAUCAGCAACAGCCGCCUAUGAAUAGCCCUGCAGCUGCAGCAACUGCGCCUACUCAGAACCACAAUGUGCAUCAGAUUGCAGCAAGACAUUGCAACUGUAGCAACCCAGCUGUGUGCAACCACAUGCACCAGUAUGUCAGUGGACAGCAGUGUGGCUACCAAGACCCAAAAGAAGACACGCAGUGCGUCAUUGGUCAGACAUCUGCGAACCAAAUGCGACAAACAGCAUAUGAAAGGACACUAGAAUAUGUUGAACAAUGCCAGGGUUGGGUUGUUUCAAGCUCAAACAAUCAAUCUAAUUGUAAUAUGGUUAUUAAUGACAUGACUUCUUCUUUAAGCAGUUUGUUAGAAGAAAAUCGUUACUUUCAAAUGAUUCAGUAAUCUUUUUAAAAAAGUGGCAAAACAAAAAGAAGAUAUGUAAAGGUAUUUGUAAAAAUUGUAAAGUCAUGAUUUCACUACUGAUGCUGUUAUGUGCCAUGUACUUUUGAUAAAAUUUCAAUAUUAAUUGGUAAAAUAAAUUAACAUUACUGUAUGUUGAACAGUAUAUAUACUGUAUUUUAUAUUAUAAGUUGAGGGUCCUCUGUUAAGAUAGCCUAUUUUGGAAUAUUUGGAGAAAAAAUGAAAAUUUUUUUGUAAAGUUAAAAGGUAUUGAAUAUCGUCGUUAUUUAUUUUAAAAUAUAUUGAAUUUACGUUAAGAAGUUUCUUUUCUUCUAAAUAUGGCAAUUAAGAAAUUCUUAGUGAAAUGUUUAUAGUUUAUUACAACAAAGCUAUCACUGUAAAACAAGUUAUUAGAAUUUUUCUAUCCAUAAGGGGCCAUUUAUUCUUCCACUCUAUAGAAACAUUUAUAAAAUAUUUUUCUGAAGAAUUGUAUAUUUAUUUUAGCAAAUUUGAUUUAUUAAAAAAAUAAUAAUAAAGGGAAAUUGCUCAUUACAUUUUGUGUCUAGGUAAGUUUAAAUUUGUAUCAAAAUAUCCCUUCUGUUACAAUACUAAUAUUGGGUUUUUCUUCUGGUUAAGAAAAUUAUAUUUAACCAUAACAUAUUUUAUUUUUAUGUACAUCUCUCUGCAUUUGGAAUUUUCUGUUUUUGCCUAUAAGAAGGAAUAUUUUUCUUUUUUCAAACAUUAUUUCAAAGGCAGUCUUAUCAGUGGCACCUUUAUGGAAGCAUAUAUAGUUAUGUGAUAAAAUAACAUCACAGAUUAAUUUUAGAAGUUUUACAAUGUGAUACAAUAACAGUUCACUAAGUGACUUUUAUGUGAUACUAGGUAAAUAUGUUAUAUAUAUAUGUUGCUUCUCAUUAUUUUUGGUCUUUUGUUUAAACAGACAGUUUGUAAUUUAAUUUAAAAAAAGAUUAAAACAAGAAUAAUGCCUAAAAGGAUUUGUACAGAAAUUUACCUGAAUAUUACAAUCAAUCUCAGAAAAGUGGAUAACACGUGGACAAGCUCAGUAAAAAACCCAUAAAUUGCAUAAAUGCAUUUUGCAUAAAUUUAUAUUUCCAAAAUAUGCUUUUGAAAAAAAAUUAUAUAUUGCAUAAUAUUUUUUUCAAAAGCAUAUUUUGGAAAUAUAAUUUUAUGCAAAAUGCAUUUAUUAUAUAUAAUAAAAACGUGAAGAACAAAAAUGCGAUCAUUUGUUUGUCUUUAUAGCUAUCGCACUUAUGAAGAGAACUAUGACAUCAGAAUGUUUAAAUUAAAAAUAAAUUUGGUCUCACUAUCCUUCUUCCUGUCCACGUUCCUCAGGGAUUGUAAAAUUUGGUUUAGUGUUUCCAAUAUGUAGUGAAAUUCGUAUUGAACUGUCCUGUGUACAAAUUUUGUGUAAUUAAGAAUAACAAAAAUUUAGCUUCUUAUGUAUAGACUCUUGUAUAUAUUUCUGUAAAUUGAAAAAAAAGUAUCCAAUUAAGA